UUGACGACCACCGUCCUGGUUGACGGCCGGGAGUCCAUUUUGUUCGGGGCUGCUCUGCUCGCCAGUCGCUGCUCUCCGCGUCUGGUCUCGGGGGGAAAAGUUUCCGAGGGGGGAAAAGUUUUCCCGGAAGACCCCCGGAGCCGAGGCCGAGCGCCGCGCGCGCCCCGCGCCCCGCCCGCCCCGCGCCGCGCCCCGCAGACGUCGCCCGCGCGGCGCGAUCCCGCCGCGGCGAGGAGAUGCGGCCCCUGGACGUGGCGGAGCCGGCCGAGCCCGGGGAGGUGGAGGUGCUGGAGCCCGAGGAGGACUUCGAGCAGUUCCUGCUGCCCGUCAUCCGCGAGAUGCGCGAGGACGUGGCGGCGCUGGCGCGCGCGCGCGCGCGGCCCCGCGGCAAGCUGUGGGGGGCGGGGCGCGCGCUCGUGCCCGCGCGGACGCAGGUGGAGGCCGCCGAGGAGAGCGCCCUGAACCGCCUGCAGCCCGGCGCGGCCGACGGCGGCGCCCCGGCCGCCCGCAGCGACAAGGCCGACGAGAAGGCGCAGGAGACGGCGAAGAUGGCCGAGAUGCUCGUGGCGCUCGUGCGGCGGAUAGAGAAGAGCGCGUCGUCGUGAGCCGGCCGAGCGCGGUUUCCAGCCAAUGGAUUCUGGUCGCGCGAUGGAGAUUGGCUGGCGGCACCCGGAGGAGCUGGAACCAGAGAGCCUUUGUUUUUUUCCCUCUUUUCUCUGUCUGCACUCUGUUCUCACUUACACUACGUUUCUGCGAUGGUCUGUGGUUGAUGACCUCAAUAGGAGUCCUGGUGGUUGGAUGUUUGAUUUGGGGAAGUAACUUCUAUUUGGAAAACGCUGCCUUGCGCACGAUUAGGGCCUGGAUUGUAAGCUCUUGCAAGCAAAGUCACGUGUGUUCUGGGCUUUGGUGGUGGUUUGUAAAUUCUGAGGUGCUUUGAUCUUUCUUGUGUGACCUGAUAGCUCCCUGGAACUUUGCAUCUGUGUGUGAUUCAUAAGCUCUGGAGGUGCUGAAGGAGCUGCAUUACUUCUGGAAGACUCCAUGCAGCACCGCUGAAGAAGGGACCAGACUUCAACUGGGAAUGUGGAUGGGCCAGACCUGGCUGGGACUGAUAGGCGGGAGAAGGGACAGGAGACGGCAUUGUUUGCAUUUGGGGACUUUAAUUUCUGUGUGAGACCAAAGGAGGAGAGAUGUUAUUUUGUUCAAAUUUUAAAUUUUAUGUGAUCCACUAUCUGAACCUGUUUGGUGAACUUGUUUAGACGACCUGACUUGGCUCUGUUUGGCCUGGGACCUCGAUGAGGCCCUGACGUUCCAUACAAGUUGAUCAUAAUACCCUCGUGCAUUUCCGGGGCGUUUGGGCAUGAACUGAGAGGUCUGUGAAGGCCUGGUGGGUUGGAGAGAAGCAUGGCGGGGUCUGCAGUGAGCGCGCAGUGGGCAGAGGCGGCGUCCGCGAGGUCCUUGUGUGGUCCAGCUGUUCAUUUCAAUAGCAGACCUGGCAAAUGUUUGAGGUCAAAACCCUACCGUGUUUGAAAAACAAAGUAACCUUACCAUGUUAAUAAAGUAUUCACUUGCUUG